AUGUAUAAUCCUGUAGAGUAUUAUUAUUGCAAUGAUUAUUACUUGUCAUAAAUCACAAAUAGCAAUAUUAAUCGACUCAACACUUCAUACUCUCCAAAAAAAAUUAUGAUGGGAAUAUGUAAAAAUGAUUACAGAACAUUUAUAAAGCAAAAAACUCUUAACUUAGAGUCAAAAGAAAUUCAUCCGCAUAUUGUCAGAAAUAAAUGUGUUAAACAAUCUUUCACUAAAUUAGCAGAAUCUAUUCUUAGUGUAAGUAAUUGUUUCGAAAGUGUUCCAAAUACAUCCACCAAAACUGAUAAGUUUGUUUAAAAAUUAAAACAUAAAAUAACGACUCCUUCUCCAACUCCUCCUAAACCACAUAAUCAUGAAAUACAUAGAAUUCCAGGUAGACUUCAUAAAGGAGCAUUGUUAAAAAAUUUUGAUAAUUCAAUAAAUUAAAUAGAUAAAUCAUACAUUUUAGACUCUAAAUAAGACUUUGGAACACUUUCAAUGAGUCCAAAGCCUAAAAUUAUUGAUUAACAUUCUGAAUUACCUAAAUACAAUAAUAAUAAACAAAUGUCUAAUGCUCUUAAUAUUACUAAUCAAUUUAAAGAUUUACAAUAAUAACUUAUAAUCAGAAAAUCUAUCAUAAAUAAUGAUAUUUCUAGUUCAUCUCUUAAGCAAACAACUUCUAAUUUUAUUGAUUAAACUAUUAAUGCUAUGAAUGUUGAUUGUUUCUAUACAAAAAUAAGUUCUAACAAUAUUAAUCAUCUAGUUUUGAUAUAAUUUGAAAAUGUUUUAGGAUUUGAUGAAUAAAACUUUUUUGGAUUAUAAUCUGAUUUUAUAACUAGCAAAUAAUAUGAUGAAUAUGUAGUUUUAAGAGAUCAUUAUUUUUAAAGAGUUUCAUCAUCUUAAUCCUUCUAUAUACAUAAGAAUUUUAAAGAAUUAUUCAAUUCUAUAUCUCGCGUAUAUCAAAUUGGUUUAUUUACAGUUUAAUACCCUUAAUUAUUAAAAGAAUUUCUCUAAGAAAGAAAAUUAAGAGUUAAUUGUGGAUUUCAUAUUUAGAAUUAUAAAAUUGAUACUUUCGUUGUAAAUAUUAGUAAAGUUUUGACUAAUCUCUCAAUUAUGAAACCAGAGUUAUUAAUUGUUAUUUAACCAUUUCAAAUAUUAACUUAAUAAUAAUCCCUCAAUAGUAACAAUUCAAAAAUUCCUUAUUAUGAAUAUUAUGGUUAAAGAUUCUUUCUACCAUUUGCAGAAGAAAUCCAUCCAAAUAAUUAUAGAUUAUUAGCAUUACCUUUAUUGUCAAUGGAAUCAUUAUUAAAAUAAGAUGAAUAAAGUAAAGGGUUUGUAUAAAUUAAUUAUUUUAUUGAAUAAUUUACAUUAGCUUUAUAAAGUGAAAGUUAUUUUUUAAAAUUUCUUAAUAAAAGUCAGAAUAGAAUAAAAAUGGUAGAUUAAUCAACAUAUUUUAGAUAAUAAAAAUAAAAACUAUUAGAAUAGUUAUUUUUUAUAGAAAGUUUAAAGAUCUAAGAAUAAAAAUAAGAUGGUAUGAAAAUGAAAAAAAAAGAUAUGAUACAAAAAUUAGUAUAGAAAUUUGAUCAUUCAAAAUAAGCUGAAUAAUAAAUAAAUGAAUUAAUGGAAAGAAAUAAAGAGAUUUUUAAGAAAAUGAGAAACUACAGAUAAGAAAAUGUGAAUAAAUUGCAUAAAUUAUAAUAGGAGCUUUCUGAAUAGCUAAUUAGAUAUAAUUAUUGUGAGAUGUUUGUUGAUACAACAUACUACUUAGCGUAUUGA